AUGGUUGACCCUAUCACAAUAACGUACUCAGUGGUCAACAUCACCAGCUGCGUCCUCACGACGGCGAAGUCGCUCAGCGACCUGCGCGACAAGUACAACAACGCGCACAACACCAUCAACGCCAUCUGCACCGAAUCUUCCGUCAUCAGCGCGUCACUCGCGCAAAUCCAGAGCCUCCUCCUACGCGAUGGCGCCUCCAACGACCUCGACUCGCACUUCGCGAACCGGCCGGAGCUGCGGGACACGUUCGACAACGCGCUGAGCGGCUGCACCAUCGUCUACGCGUGCCUGGAGGAGGAAAUCCAGCGGCUGGCCGCCGGGGCGCGCGAUGCGGAUACGAACAUCAUGACGUGGAAGGUGCGGUGCCGGUUCAUCUGGCGCGAGGACACGAUGCGCGACCUCCUGUCGCAGCUGCGCGGCCAGCAGAUGGCCCUCAACCUGCUCAUCCAGAUGCUGCAGCUCCAGUCGCUGCAGGAGCUCAAGCAGCUCGUUCGUGACAGCAACCAGAAGAUCUCGCAGGUCGCUCAGCGCUCGCGCUCGCUCCGGGAGACGCAUCCGCGCAUCCGUGUCUCGUCGGUGUUUUCGCGGGAUAGGGAUAGCGUGUUGGGUAGAACGCCUUCGGUCUCGGCGUCGACUAUUGAUCAGACCGAGUUUGAGUUCGACGAUGCGGUGGUGAAUUCGAAGGCGUAUAGACGGGCUUUGGCUGCUGCGCAGAAACGCCCCGCGACAGGUAGGACCGUUUCCGAGCCUGUUCCUGAUACUGUUUCAGAUACUGUUCCCGAUGUUGAAACGUUGAAGCUUGAGAGUAUCAAGCAGGAGAUUGAGGAGGAUCAAGAUUCGGAAGACGAGGCAGACAUAUCGAAAGACAAGGACAUUGAAAAAGGCUUCUCGACGACAGCAACCGAGCUGAAAGAGAACACGGUCCAGCCUGACAUACCUGAUAGAAAGGGGAGCAUGGGAACCAUUUCCAGCGAGCCCUCGAUUCCUACAGAAAGAAAGCCCAGCAAAGAUAUGACUCCUCCAGGAAGUGCAGGCAUACCUCCAGGAAAACCUUGGAACAUCCCGACACCGCCCUGGGAAUCCCCCCGAACCAAUCUGCCUCGGGUACAAAGAAAGCCAUUGCCCUCUGGACGUCACAUCUUGAUGCCUUCUGCCUCUAUGUCCACGCUGGCUACUCUCUCCACCGCUUCUGAAGACAACACAGACACCAUCUCCCGCGUCUCGACCACAACAACAGCAGCACCUUCCAUCUUCUCAACAGGCUCCAACCCCGCAACAAACUCCACCAUCUCACUCCCCAACACCAUCGACUCCGCAUCCGAGCCCGACGACGAUGACGACGACGCCAACACCUUAGUCGAGAGCCUCUGCUCCCCUUCCACCACCUCCUUCCAAACCACCACCCCCAACCCCGAACUCGACUCCAUUCACCAACACCUCCUCACCACCGAAACCUUCUUCCUCAACAAACUCACCAUCCUCCACACCUUCAUCGAAGAGCCCCUCACCCGCCGCUGGCCCGCCAUCUGGACCGCCCUGCUGGCCUUGCACCAGACCGCGCUCAUCCGCCACGCCAGCACCCAGCACCUCGUCGAGCCCCUCAAACGCGCCAAAGCAGCCGGAACGCCCACGCCGCACCUCCUCCUCAAAUCCCUCCGCCGCUUCCUCAAAGCCGCUUCCCCGGCCUACACCGCAUACUUCGCACAGCACCCGGAUACGGCCUCCGCCCUCCGCGCCCGCUGCGAACCUGGCAACGACGCGUAUGAUCCGGCUUUCGCCGCCUUCGUCGAGACGUUCGGCCGCACGCAUAGCCUGGACGAUUUGCUCCGCCAGCCGCUGCGCCGGCUCGACGCGUACGUGCAGCUCGCGGCGCGGCUGCGCAAGGCCAUCACCGUCUCCUCCUCCAACGGCGACGAUGAUGCUGCCGGAGCAGCGGCAGUAGCGGCAGCAGCGGCCAUCGAAGAACAGCUCCAGCAUCUCCACGCGUCGUGCACCCACGCGCACCGCGCCGCGCUGCACGUCGCGGACCUGCACGAGUUGCAUCGGCGCCUAGGCGGGCAGCCGGCGUUGCUGGAGCAGCUGGAUUUCCUGGCGGACGGACGGCGGGUGGUGCGGAUGGGGCCGCUGGCGGGGCGAGUCGGCGGGAAGGGCCCGUGGAAGCCGGUGACGGGGGUAGUGAUGGACAACUACGUGUUUUUCGGGCGGUGGGAGAGGGCGUCGGGGGUGGCGCCGGGAGUCACGGCGGGGAAGAAGGGGUUUAAGGUCGAUGUGGGGGCUUGGGUGGAGAAGCCGAUCCCAUCGCGGGGCGUGGAGUGCUCGAUUUCGGGGUCCCUGAGGAAGCCGGCGAAGGCGGGGGUGAUGGACGAUUUGCCUCGUGGAACGGAGUUGUAUCCGUUUUUCGUGCAGAAUGAGGGGGUUGUGCAUUUGUUGGCUGCGUCGACGGAGGGGGAGAGGAGGGAGUGGAUGGGGGCGUUGGAGUCGGUGAGGAGUGGGUGA